UUCUUUAGGCAUGCUAUUUGUGUAAAUUGUAUUUUCACAGACAGCAGUGUCAAUUUCAUUGUAAUUUCAUUUGUAAGUACACAAACAAACUCACGACUAGUCUGGACAUCAGAAAUAGUUUCGUUUUUCAAAAAGCACGUCGUUCAUACUUUCUGUCAUGGCUCUGCUUCCUUAGUCAUGUUUGUCUUGGUCCUGUAGCAGAGCCAUGACAAAGCCUUUGGUUAUGUGUGGAGAGAAACAUAUUAUUGUCCUUUUGACAAUAAUAUGCGUUCUCUCCAGUGUCUCGUCAUUGGCCCCGCCCCUCUCGUUUCCUUGUGAUCUUUCCCUGAGUGUUUCAUUACCCUCACCUGCCCUGUGUUAAUUAUCCCUCGUUUGUCUUUCCUAUCCUCUUGUUUCUUUGUCUUGUGUUGGUGGAUUACGUUGUAUGUGCUUGUUGGAGUGUUACCUUGUAUUUCAUCGUGUCUCGUACCCUGAGUGUGAUUCCUAUUUUCCCGUUCCUGUUCUUGAAGUUCUUGUCAGUCUAGUAAGUGUCAGUUUAGUUUAUGUCUAGUGUGUUUAUCCCAGUUUAUUGUUAGUUAGUCUACGUCCAGUUAGUAUUCUUGUGACUUGUUAUACCCCAUUGUGGGUCUUUGUUUUUGUGUUUUAAAAUACAUAUUCUUGUUGUUACCCCUGAACGCUGCCUGCAAUUGGGUUCUUCCUCACUUCCUGACACUUUCUCUCUUUCAUUUAGAUGUGGUUGACUGAAGUGAAGAUUGGUCCUGGAGUCCAUCCAAAUGAUGCUUGAACCAGAAAUUGUAAGAGAGGUGGGGAGAGUAACAGUGAGGUGAAGCUUUUCUCUGCUUUUUGCUGCCAUCUCAUGGCUGUUCAUGAGGUUGUUUGUGAUAUUUCUUCGAAUUUAAAUACGAAAGGAGAUAUUUUGUGGUUUGAGCACUGUAAAAGGAUGCGCACAACUUGCAUGUUACUGCAAAACUUGUGUUAAACUGUUGCAGUUGUUAUGCCGAACUCAAAGAAAGAUAUUUUAGAGAAUGUUUGUAACCAACAGUUCUGGGGCACCAUUGACUACUUAAGGAUAUGGUGCCCCAGAACGGUUUGGUUUUACACAUUCUUCAAAAUAUCUUCUUUUGUGUUUAAUAAAAUAAAGAAAAUUAUAUAGGUUUGGAACAAUCUGAGUAAAUGAUGACAGAAUAUUCAGUUUAGGGUGAACUAUCCAUGUAAAGUGUAAAAAAUGAUCAAAAACCGAAGUUGGGCAUUUACAAUAGUUACACAAGCAGCCUUGUGAGAUCACCUCUGAAGACAGUCCUUAUGAGAUUCAAAUUUAGUCAUUAGUAAAAUUUUAAUUUGGUUACCAUGUCUGGCCUUAACAUGUAAAUGACAAUACACUCUUAAAAUGGAUGUGUUAAUUUUACCAUAUUGUUUGUGUUAUCCCAUUUAAGACAUGUGUUAUUUAACACUUCUGUGUCGUCCCAAGAAAUAACACAGAGAUGCGUCCUUGACCGAACACAAAAGGUGUUGUUUUUAACUGUUUUUAGAGUGUAGAAUUUGAAAACAUUCCGACUUUUUCAUACGUUUCAAUUUGAAUAUAUAUUGUUUAUUCUGUAUAAUACACUUAUAGUAUAUAGUAGUACUUAUGUAAGUAUAGUAAGAGUAAAUGCUAGAUGUGAUAUAUUUGUGGGAUUAUCAUAAAUUCUCGGGAAAAGACGGGUUCAUCUUAACAUGUGUAUAGUUUUUUUGUGGAGGUGAUUUAACUCAUUAUUUUUAUUGGAAAUUGUUGUUGGAUAUUUUCUUUAUUUAUAGCAUUCACUAAGUGACCUGCACCCAUUAUAUUUAAAUGUAAUUUAUUCAUUUAGCAGAUGCUUUUAUCCAAAGCAAUUUAAAAAUGAGAGAGCAUUAAUAUUUUGUCAAGGGGUGGAGGUAUGGGGAGGUGGGAUGUAGAUUUGAACGGAAGAUUAUCAGAACUGGAUUGUGGCUUCUGAACAGGUAUGAACAACACAUUCAUCACUUGGUAUGUGAUAUGUAAAACAUGUCAUAUAUACUCUUUACGAAUUUGAAUUUCAUACUAGAUAGAUAGAUAGAUAGAUAGAUAGAUAGAUAGAUAGAUAGAUAGAUAGAUAGAUAGAUAGAUAGAUAGAUAGAUAGAUAGAUAGAUAGAUAGAUAGAUAGCACUGUUCAGGUGAGUGUCAAUUGACAUUUUCAUCUGAUUGACAUCUGAAAAAGCAUUUCCCAAAUUAUAAUCAUGUUAUUAUUUUCCCAGCCUCGUUUUGAAGGAAUAUGCUGUGCUCUGUGUGGCUUGUUUUACUUUUGGGUAAGAUUUGGCAUAAACACAGAAUGUUUGUACAAAAUGUGAAAGGUUUUUGAAUUUGACAGAUUUUUAAUUAACAUACAAGUUUGAUUCACACCACCCCAAAUUAAGCAGCUUCGGUUUGACUGGUGAAUGGUGACUUUUCUACAGUGGUCAGUGGGGAACGGUGUGUGAUGAUGAAUGCUGAUGCUGAAGUGGUGUGUAGAGAGAUGGGAUGUGGAUCGUUGAAAGAGGUCAAAAAAGAGGCAUAUUUUGGACAGGGCUCAUUACCAACAUUGAUGAAUAAUGUUAAUAAUUGACAAGCCAUGGGGAGACAGUAGUCGUGGACAUGAUGAUAAUGUUGGAGUUAUCUGUGAAUGUAAGUAAAGCACUUUUAAUUUAUUGCAUGAAAAUGAGCAUUAUAACAAAAUAGAAUUUAGGGGCUGUGGGUAAGAUGCCAUCUUUGUGUGUUUAACUAUAUGUUUGGUACAAGCAGAAUGUUUUAUAUGUCUGUUUGUUUAUUGAUGUGAUUUUUAGAUUCAGGCAGGCUGACAGGAGGCAGCACUUGUUCUGGUGUGGUGGAGAUUUAUCGUGGUGGGCUGCUUGCGCAAGAGACGUGGACGACAAAUGUUGAUUGUACAGGAGUCGAGAACUCACUCGCAGAAUGAUGUGAUACAGAUACAGGAGAAGCCAGCAGAUAGGAAGUUUGCCCUACGCUGGAAAACUCAGUCCAAUGGGAACAUCUUUCAGCCAAAAAAAUCCCUGAGAAGUUCGCAAAUUUGCAGUCCCCUCAUAAAAUUCUGCUCCGCAGUAACGCAGUGUUCUGCACUCAUUUUGUUUCAAAUUCUGGAAAACGCACAGAGUAACGCAGCAUCCGUCAGAUUAGUUGAUGGAGCCAACACCUGUUCUGGCAGACUGGAGGUUCUUCAUAAGGAUGAAUGGAGGCCCGUGUGUGACGCUUUCUGGGAUUUACUAGAUGCCAAGGUGGUUUGUAAAGAACUGGGCUGUGGAAGCGUUCAAGAGACCAAUAUGGAAAAUCUUGAGGCCGAACAAACAGCGUGGCUGUCUGCGAUCGGUUGUACUGGAUUUGAAUCUUCACUGAUGGACUGUGAGAACAAUCUGUGGGGAGCAUAUUCUUGUAAAAGAUACGCUGGAGUUGUCUGUCGCUCCAAAACUAGAUUGGUGAACGGCGUAGAUUCUUGCUCCGGACGAGUGGAGGUUCUUCAGGACGACACGUGGGGAACGGUGUGUGAUGGUGACUGGGAUCUGUCGGAUGCUGCGGUGGUGUGUAGAGAAGUGGGCUGUGGAGAUGCUGUAGAGGCGAAGAGGGGAGCUUAUUUCGGAGAAGGUUCAGGACCGAUACGGAUGAAUAAUGUUACCUGCGUUGGAGAUGAAUCAAUACUGAGCGCCUGUAGUGUGCCCAGUGUGUCUUCCUGUGACCACACAAUGGAUGUAGGAGUCAUCUGUCGACCCGUCGUCAGGUUGGCGUCAAACGGUUUCGACUUUUGUUCUGGACGAGUGGAGGUUCUGCAUAAGGGAAUAUGGGGAACGGUGUGUGACGACACUUGGGGAUUUUUAGACGGUCAGGUGGUGUGUCGAGAGCUCGGCUGUGGGGAUUUUCAAGUAAUACCAAGCAGUGAUUAUUUUGGAGAGACUUUGAAACAAAUGUGGAUGGAUAAUGUCGAUUGUUUAGGAUCGGAGCCAUUACUGAGCACCUGUCAUUUUGAUGGAUGGGGUGACUAUUUCUGCCUUCUUUCUGUGACCGCUGGACUCAUCUGUGGCCACCCCGUUAGGUUGGUGAACGGCUUCGACUCUUGUUCUGGACGAGUGGAGGUUUACCAUGAUGGUCAGUGGGGAACGGUGUGUGAUGAUGACUGGGAUUUGUCGGACGCUGCAGUGGUGUGUAAAGAACUGGGCUGUGGCCCUUACAUAGAGCCAAGAGGCGGGGCGUAUUUUGGACAGGGAACAGGUCCGGUAUGGAUGACUGGUGUUAGCUGUGUUGGGUCUGAGUCUACACUGAUGAAAUGUGACUCGACUGGUUGGCGUUCAAAUCAAUGUGGGCAUCGGUAUGAUGCUGGAGUCAUUUGCAGCGACACUUUCGUGCAGAAAGAUAAUAAAGUCCUGGUGAGGAUUGAGGUGAAGGCCGGACCUGAAGUCGACCCAAACUAUGAUUCAAUCAAGAAUGCACUUUUGGAGGAGAUGCAGAAGAAGAUGAAAACAAGUGACACUUUCUCCAUGAGGUGGACAACUCAGUCUGAUGGAAGCGUUUUUCAGAAGGUCCCAGAGGACAUAAAAGAUGCACAAACUUGCAACUGAUGUGCUUUAAAAUAGAAGUUUGAGUUGUAAUUGAAAUGUAGUUCAACAGUAACUGCAUUUUGAAUUUGUAGUUUUAGCUCCUACACAAUUAAGAAUGAUAGCAUGCGGCUUUACAAACUUAUUCGAAAUCAAAAAGUUCAUGUGUGUUCUAUUCAGUGUUGGGUAAGUUACUCUGAAAAAGUAACGAAUUACUAGUUACUAAUUACAUAUUCAAUAGUGUAAUUAGAUUGAAUAUUACUAAUAUUAGAGUACAAAUUACUCUCUCCAAAAAGUAUUCAGUUACUUAUUACUAAUUACUUUCUAUAUCCUAUAUCAACCUUGAUUAGAAUUGAUUCAAGGAUAGACAUGAAAAGGCUCUUUUAAUUCAUUAAAAUAAUUAAUAAAUAACUUCAUAAAUUAUUAUUAUUAACUGACCAAAGUAUACACAUGUGAGAAGGAUACAUUAAAGCAUACAUUUUAAAGUUAGACUGUCAUUUUGAUGCCAUUUCCACUAUUGAAUAUAUUACACAGUAUUUAGUCCAAUUACAUCAGAAGUAACUGUAAUUAAAUUACAUAAAAAUAAGACUUUACCUUACUUAACUUUUUCUAAGGAAAAGUAAUUAAAUUACAGUAACUAAUUACUUAGUAACUAGUUACACCCAACACUGGUUCUAUUGUAACUUAAAUUGUGUUUUGUUUUUCAGCCAGAUUGUGCAGUCCCGUUCCACUGUGAUCAGUCCACAAUACCAUAGCAUACCAUGUUUAUAAUCUUGAUUUAUGUAUUCAGAGUACUUUUCUUCCUCGUGAUUUAUUGCUCUGCCUGUACACAGCAGCUUCCGUAGGAGGAAUAUAGCCACAGCUUUUACCGUGUAACCUAAAUAUUAAUUACGGUUAUAAUACAAAUUGAUUUGCAUUAUCUUUCGGGUGAGAAAAUCGCUCUAGAGACUCAAUGUAUUUUGAAUAAUAUUCAAAGCAUCACUUGAAACACUGCCGAACCAGUUCUUCUUUGGCUGACAGUUUGACGUUUAUCUCAUGUGUGUGGAACUGAGAAAUAUUCCUAAAUCAAUUUUCUGAAUCUGAACUUUUACCUUUGUGACUUGAAAUCCAUUGUAAUGCCGGAGAGAUAAUAAAAAUAACAUAACAAACAAAAACGUCAAGUUUUAAUUACUUCAUAUCAAGGCAUUUUAAUAAGGCAUAUGUUUAACAUAAUUAAUGAGGUGUAAAUAUGAGAUGUAAAAUAUUUAGUCCCUUAUUGGUAUUUAUGUUUUAAAAUACUUUUGGUAACUACACCUGAAUACAAAAACCUUUUCUGAUAUCUUAAUCAAUUGCGUUUUUCGGCAACAAUGCUAAAUUCUGCAACUAAGCGAUGCAGACUAAUUUUUCUUAAUCUUUAAAAUUCCGUUUAAUCAGGAUUUAAUAAUGUCAUUUAAUCUCCACUAGAGGUCAGCAGAAUCUUCUAUGUCCAUGUGCAUCUCACAAAUGAUUGCUCUUUAUUGUAUUGUUUGCUUUGCAUUUAUUAGUUUCAAUGUUUUGCAUGGUUUGCAUAGACACUUUGCAAACAGGUUAAUCCUUAAAGUCCUUCUGAGAUAAAAAAAAGCAUAUAAACUCAAGAAUAGUGCGUAUAGUGUGUGAUGUCAUCUUUGCUUAUUUUGGACAUGUUUGUUAUUUUCAUAAACACUAACACAUGCAAACAUAGGCUACUAUUUACAGACAAGCAAGGUUGCAGAGUUUCACUCUUAAAUUUGUCAUUUUUAUCAUUUAACUCAUGUUACCACAAAAGAUGAAAAUAAAAAAUAUAAGGAUUUGAUUGUAUAGCCUGUCUUAUUCUGUUGGUUUAAGUUUUGUUUAUCUUGUUUUCAAACAGGCGUGUGUUUGUUUAUUGUGUCCCCUUAUCUUCAUGUUGUGUGUGUUUGUUGGUUGGUAUUUUGUAGUUUUGACCCCGCCCCCUCGUACAUCCAUUAUGAAUUCAUUUGCUUCACCUGUUCAUCAGUCUUCACUUGGUUCUGCUUUGUUCUGGUGAGCAGUUUAUCUAAUUACUAAAUAUGGUUUGUAUUGCUUUGUGUAGUUUUAUUUUUGUUUUUCCUCUUAAAUGUUGUUGUUGUUGUGUUGUUCUGUCAUUGGCCCUGUGCAUGUACGAGUGUUUGUAUGUUGACUGGUUUUGUUGUAUUUUUAUCUUUAAUAAAAAUAAUGAUCUCUGUUUAAAAACCUCACAUCAAACUGGCACAGAUAAUGUGUUUGUCCCACCUUGAUCUGAGAAUGUUGUAAAAGAAGAUUUUAUGUGUUUUGAUAAAAGCAAUGAAAUGGUCAGUCUCAAAACUUUAUGUAUGAUCGAUUGUCUAAUAAUAGUGGAGAAUCUAAAUCGUCUUUAGCUUUUCUUGAUGGUUCUCUAAGUGGUUUAAUCCUGUCUGUGUGUAAAUGUCUGUGAUUGAUUUUGUUUUACAAUACUUGGGAGGGCCACAUUGAGUAAACUGGCAAGACUGGUUAAAGUCUGGAUCAGAUCAUAAGCUAUCUUAAUUUUUAGAAGUUUGAUUAGUAAUUCGAGAAUGUAAAAUCAAAUAAUUUGUUAAAGUUGGCCAAAGUUAUUUGACAAUUUUUUAUUUCCAGGGUUAAAUUAAACAUUUGUUGACACAAACAUUUUGCAAGUAACAUAUUGCAUUAAAUGUGUGAUAUUCCCCCCACUUCAUAUUGUUGUACUUUAAUGAAGUGUUGGAAUAUUGUAGAUUUUUUGAAUAAAACAAUGCAGAU